AUAUAUCACCAGCUAUCCAGUCAAGCUUCCUGGUUAAGAGAUGACAUCUCCAAGCCCUUUCUGUGAGUGUCUAGAGUUUUGUAGUAGAAGACGUACUCAACGUAGCAGCCAUCGUGCGGGUUAUCAAAAACUCGCACCCAACAACAAUGUCGAUGAUGCUUAUCUGAGAAGUCUUGUCUGACAAUAUGUCCCUCUCGCUUGGUUUCUUCCUCUUUGGUAUAAUAUAUGGCAGACUCCGUGCAGAGGGGGGUGGGAUAUCAGGAGGACUCUAUCCAAAAAACUGGCGAGUGGCCACAGUCAGCACUGCUGUUCAUAGCUGCUACUCCGGGCGAUGCCAUAGUGCGUUUCCCCAGGAGAUCCUCAAGUAUUCAGCAUACGCUGGCAUCCUUGCAGGCCGUGGGCAUCUGCUGGACCGCCCCAGAGCAAUCAGGGCCGACUUACACACAAUCCGUAAUUAUUCAGCACAAAUGCAGACUUUUAAGGAGAACGGAAGUGUGAAGCUGGCGAGAUGGAGCGGAGAGUCCUUAGCAACACGCUACUGGAUGACGGAAUGAAGGGUCGGAUGAAAAUGGAACGGCACAAUGGGGAAAGAUCGAGACUGGAAGCGGGGGCGAGGGAUAUCGAUCGGAUUCGCGGCGUUGAGCUUUCAACGG